CACAAAGGUGCCAUAUCGCCAGCUGAUGGUGCUAUAUCAGCAGGUGCUCUAUCAGCAGUGGACGGUGAAUGGUCUCAAUGGGGAAGUUGGGGUAACUGUACACAAACAUGUGAAACCACUGAGCAAAUGAAGACCAGAUUCCGGACAUGUACUAAUCCUUCUCCGACAGGUGGUGGCGCUAACUGUAUUGGAGAGUACGAAGAAUAUCAAACAUGUACAGGAGCUGUAUUGUGUUCUGUUGGUGAUGGGUGGACAGUUUGGGCUGAAUGGAGUGACUGCAGCGCCGACUGCGGAAAUGCAGGCAACACAUCAAGGAGAAGAACAUGUAUAGAACCUAUUCCACAUCAAGGUGGUGCUGACUGUGAACGUUGGACUCAAGAAGACGUACCUUGUCAAGGAAGUUGUUUUGGAGUAACCGGAAACUGGAGUGAAUGGGCUAUUUGGUCUCAAUGUAGCGUUGAAUGUGGACAAGGGAAUCAAACUAGAACACGGAACUGUACAAAUCCACACUUGACCAGCAGUGGAUGUCAAGGAGAGAGCUUGGAACAACAAACAUGCAUAUUGGACGAAUGCCAAGUGAAUUGUCCCCAGGGAUUUACAUUGGCAUCAGGAAAGUGCUUCAAAUACAACAGUGUCAGAAGCAGUUGGCAAAAUGCACUGACUGCUUGUAAAGGUGCAGGUCAUCGAUUGAUUCUGAUUGACAGUGAAUUGACAUUGAAUGCUCUUGCGACAUACAUUAAUAGAACCUUUGAUAGAGUGAUUCCAGCUCCGUUUUGGAUGGAUGGUAUAGAUCUUGAAAACAAUGGUACAUUUACAACAAGCGAAGGAGUAUCUCUCAAAUGGACUAACUGGUCUCCUGAAGAACCUACCAAUGUGGAGCAACAACAGAACUGUAUUAGAGUAAUACCAGAUCAAAGCUAUCAGUGGGGUGUUGAGGAUUGCAAUGUGAAUGCCCCUUUCAUAUGUGAAUCCGAUACAGUUACACGUUCAUAAUUAAC